AGGCAGCUGCGCGGCCACCCGGCAGGGCUGCGUCGCCUGGCAACGGCGGGGUCCUUCCAGGCUCGGCGGCGCUCGGGGCCUGCGGGGAGAGGACCGCCGCGGAGGGCGCUGGGGGCGGUGGCGGCCGUGCGCGCGGGACGACGGCGACGCGGGCCUGGCGCGCCGCGGCCUCGGACCUCGGCUGCUGAGCGAGGAUGAGCGCGGCCGACAAGGCCCGGGUGGGGCCCGCGGUGGCCGGGCCUGCGCCGCCCGGGGAGGAGGAGGGCGAGGGGGCCGGCGAGGCGGGCGGGAAGGAGCCGGCGGCCCCCGGGCCCAGCGCCGCGUUCCGCCUGCUGGUGACUCGGCGGGAACCGGCCGUGAAGCUGCAGUAUGCGGUGAGCGGCCUGGAGCCGCUGGCCUGGUCCGAGGACCACCGCGUGUCGGUGUCCACGGCGCGCAGCGUCGCGGUGUUGGAGCUCAUCUGCGACGUGCACAACCCGGGCCAGGACCUGGUGAUCCACCGCACCUCGGUGCCCGCCCCGCUCAACAGCUGCCUCCUCAAAGUGGGCUCAAAAGCAGAAGUUGCAGAAUGCAAGGAGAGGUUUGCCACCUCGAAAGACCCCACAAUCAGCCAGACUUUCAUGUUGGAUAGGGUGUUCAACCCCGAGGGGAAGGCUUUGCCGCCGCUGAGAGGAUUCAAAUACACUAGCUGGUCCCCCAUGGGCUGCGAUGCCAAUGGCAGGUGCCUCUUGGCAGCACUGACCAUGGACAACCGCCUGACCAUCCAGGCUAACCUCAACAGACUGCAGUGGGUCCAGCUGGUCGACCUGACGGAGAUUUAUGGGGAACGUCUUUAUGAGACCAGUUACAGGCUCUCCAAGAAUGACGCUCCACAGGGAAAUCUGGGGGAUUUUGCUGAGUUCCAGAGGAGACACAGCAUGCAGACUCCAGUGAGAAUGGAGUGGUCGGGCAUCUGCACCACCCAGCAGGUCAAGCACAAUAACGAGUGCCGAGACGUGGGCAGCGUGCUCCUGGCCGUCCUCUUUGAGAACGGCAACAUUGCUGUGUGGCAGUUCCAGCUGCCGUUUGUGGGAAAGGAGUCCAUCUCCUCCUGCAACACCAUCGAGUCGGGAAUCAACUCUCCCAGCGUCUUGUUUUGGUGGGAAUAUGAGCACAAUAACCGGAAAAUGAGCGGCCUUAUUGUAGGGAGUGCUUUUGGACCUGUGAAAAUUCUUCCUGUCAACCUCAAAGCAGUGAAAGGCUAUUUCACGCUGAGGCAGCCUGUCGUCUUGUGGAAGGAGAUGGACCAGUUGCCAGUGCACAGCAUCAAGUGCGUGCCCCUCUACCACCCCUACCAGAAGUGCAGCUGCAGCCUGGUGGUGGCGGCCAGGGGCUCCUAUGUGUUUUGGUGUCUCCUUCUGAUCUCCAAAGCAGGCCUCAACGUUCACAAUUCCCACGUCACGGGCCUGCACUCGCUGCCGAUCGUCUCCAUGACGGCCGACAGACAGAACGGGACAGUGUACACGUGUUCAAGUGACGGGAAGGUGAGGCAGCUGAUCCCCAUCUUCACAGAUGUUGCGCUCAAGUUUGAACACCAGCUGAUCAAGCUCUCAGAUGUGUUUGGCUCCGUGAGGACUCACGGGAUAGCAGUGAGCCCCUGCGGGGCGUAUCUGGCCAUCAUCACGACGGAGGGCAUGGUCAAUGGCCUCCAUCCCGUGAACAAAAACUACCAGGUCCAGUUUGUCACCCUGAAAACCUUUGAAGAGGCGGCAGCUCAGCUCCUGGAAUCUUCGGUUCAGAAUCUCUUCAAGCAGGUAGAUCUGAUUGACCUUGUGCGCUGGAAGAUUUUAAAGGAUAAGCACAUCCCGCAGUUUCUGCAAGAGGCUUUGGAGAAAAAGAUCGAAAGCAGUGGAGUCACCUACUUCUGGCGCUUUAAGCUUUUCCUGCUGAGGAUUUUGUAUCAGUCGAUGCAGAAAACCCCCUCAGAAGCCUUGUGGAAGCCCACCCACGAGGACUCAAAAAUCUUGCUGGCCGACUCCCCCGGGGCGGGCAAUGCCGAGGACGAGCAGCAGGAGGAAGGCGGCUCCUCCAAGCAGGCGGGGAAGCAGGGCCUGCAGGAGAGGAGCCGGGAGGGUGACGCGGAGGAGGCCGCCGAGGACGCGCUUGUGCCGGCCGGGGAGGGCGGAGGCCGCGAGCCCAUGGAGGAGAAGCUCCUGGAAAUCCAAGGGAAGAUCGAGGCUGUGGAGAUGCACCUGACCAGGGAGCACAUGAAGCGAGUCCUGGGGGAGGUGUACCUGCACACCUGGAUCACCGAGAACACCAGCAUCCCCACCAGAGGGCUCUGCAACUUCCUGAUGUCGGACGAGGAGUAUGACGACAGGACGGCCCGGGUGCUGAUUGGACACAUCUCGAAGAAGAUGAACAAGCAGACCUUCCCCGAGCACUGCAGCUUGUGCAAGGAGAUCCUGCCCUUCACAGACCGCAAGCAGGCCGUCUGCUCCAACGGCCACAUUUGGCUCCGGUGCUUCCUGACCUACCAGUCCUGCCAGAGUCUGAUCUACAGACGGUGUCUGCUCCAUGACAGCAUCGCCCGGCAUCCAGCCCCGGAAGAUCCUGACUGGAUCAAGAGGCUCCUGCAGAGCCCCUGCCCCUUCUGUGACUCCCCCGUCUUCUGAGUGCCGAGCGCGGCGGGUGGACGGGCACGAACUCUGCUGUGGAAGAUGCCCCGUGGCGUGAGGAGAGGCUGUGCUGGAGGCAGCCUGCCCCUGGCGUGGACGCUGCGAGACUGUAAGAGGCCCCUGGAGCUCGGUUCUGACACAGGCUCCCUCCCGGGGACUUGGGAUGUGCUGCAGAGCCACUGCGUGCAGGGUCUGGGCCGUUCUGAGUUGAACAUUGGCCCCCAGCGGCUCACACGUGGGGUCCCCUUUCCCCAGUGUCUGGACCGGAGUGGCUUGAACAAAAAGAAGUCCUGACGUCUCUAGGCGCAGAACGCUCUCACUGCGUGUGUGGAGAGGGUCUCGCCCGGCUGAGCGAGGCUUUACUCCUGCCUCCUGGCUGCAGAGCGCCAGACUCCCCGGUGCGUGCGUGCGUGCGUGUGCCGACAGAUAUUAAAGUGUCUGCACGCUCAAGCUUUCUCUCCAUAAACAGCUGCGGUGGGUGUCCUGUCUGUUCUUGUGUUUCAUGCAUACAGAAAACAUUUUCUAAAAAUUCUGUAUUUUUAAGAAGUUGAAGCCAAGACUGACAUUGGUCUAAUGUGUCAACUGAUCAGGUGACAGUUUUAAUUACUAACUGUAGUGACUUGUUUUUAAUUCUCCUCUGUCGUCAGAUUGCCUGGCCCAGCUUCUUAACACAUAGAAAGAUGUCAAGUACUCCAGUCUGCCCACGUCCCAGCCUGCUUCAGACUGAGCUGUGGUGGCCUGCAUGAGAUACUUGUACACAGAAGAAGGAAAACCUCUGUUUUUAGUAUUAAAUUGAAAACGUUCAGUGUUCUUAGUGUUGGCAUUUCUAGACGUUUCAUUUAGUGUCCAAGGUCAGAGUCUGUCCAGAGACUUGUGGGGAGAGACGGCUCUCAGCUCAGAAGUGGAGACCUGUGCUCGGUGCCACUGUGGUGAGCUCGGGACAGAGCCUGGGAAUCCCCGCCUGGCACCGGGGCACAGCCUGCUUCUAUUUUUUUCUUUUCUUUUUUUUUUUUUUUUUGUGGACUACUAAGAGGAGAUGUCAGACGUGCACUCUGGUGAAUUGCUCUUAAUGAGAAACUGAAACAGACGUUCUGGAACGCAGAGCUCUGGACUCUUAGCUCAGCCUCCUAAGGACUGGCGCUGGUGCAGGCCUCAGGAGACGUCUGGGGCCCGUGUUUCCGCAGAGUGAAGUGGAGACGAGGGUGAGAUUCGCUCCUGUCCGUGCUGUCGCUCUUGUCUCGCUCUAACACGAUUUCCAACUUAGUGAAUGGCAUUUUGGCCUCACCGUGUGGAGACACAGAUGUGUCACACAUACACACCGCGUGUGGGCACUCAGGAGGCAUGUUCGAACGCCUGGGUUCCAGUUCAGGUGGUCGUUUGGUCUCGCGUGUUUUGUUACUUGCUGGGGUCUUCUGUCUUUUUUUUUUUCCUCUCAUUUUGGAGGAAAUUGCAAGAACAGUGUUUGUGCAGCAGUGCAGAGCGUGGUGUGGUCGAGGUCGCCUGUGUGCUUGGCUCCUCGCCUCACAGCAGGUGCAGCAGGGACGCUGGAGAUCUGCAGGAGUUAGUGAGCCUAGGUCCACUUCUUUGGUAUCGCAGUGAGUACAGGAUUUUGUGCUGCUGCCGUUUAAAACUUACAUUAAGUUUUUAUUUAAAGCAGUUGUGCAUUUUUGAGAAAUGUAACUAUCAAGAGUAACUGAAAGGGAUCUCCAGAGGUAUCUGGUGCCUGUGGGAGUGGCCGUGGCACUGCGUUUGCUGGGACAGAUUCUGUCUGCUGGGAUCUUGCUCACCACUGGGAGGCCUUCCCCUACCCCCUCCCACCGCCAUGGAGCUGGGGAAGUGAGAGGACAUUGGGGUCCAUCCCCUAGCCUCUCCCACCGCCGUGGAGCUGGGGAAGUGAGAGGACAUUGGGGUCCAUCCCCUAGCCUCUCCCACCGCCAUGGAGCUGGGGAAGUGAGAGGACAUUGGGGUCCAUCCCCUAGCCUCUCCCACUGCCGUGGAGCUGGGGAAGUGAGAGGACAUUGGGGUCCAUCCCCUAGCCUCUCCCACCGCCGUGGAGCUGGGGAAGUGAGAGGACGUUGGGGUCCAUCGCAGCCCAGCAACAGUGCAUGUUUGCAUUCGCCUGCCUGGUGACAGGGUGUGGUCAGUGCUACUUGGACAGAGGGGCGACACCAGGACUCCUGCUUGCCUCUUUAUGUCCAGCGUGAGCUGUGCCUGGUGUUCGGUGGGCUUCAGGCAGAGCUGCGGAAUGGGAGGCUUAGCAGAAGCAGUGUCGCUGGACUGCACUGAAGUGCAGCUGCAGAGGCUGCGCAGUUGAACCUUUUAGCUACAACACCGUUGCAUUUGGAGAGUCUGGUAUCCACGUGUGUAUCACAUUUUCUCCGCCUGGGGUUAAUUUGUUCCUAUUAUUCCAGAUAAGAGAUUGAGAGCUUGUUACGCUGAUAUUCGAGCUGAAAUCCUCCUGUGUCCACCACCCAGACGUCAAGCAAUCCGUACCGACUAUUACAGCUGCCAAACUACCAAUUAUUUUGCAAUGUCAGAAGUUAUUAGAACCACGAGUGAAGCUCCGGGCUGAGGGUGACAUUUGUCUGCUUCUCCCUCUAAGAAGCUCUUGAGAAUAUUAAUGUUGAAGUAUGUAGGUUGGAUCUACUUGCGAGUUUGACAGGUUAAUUUGGUUAAAAGAAUGUUAAAGGUUAAUGUUUAAAUAUUAAAGUAUAUUCUGUUGUGAUGAUAAUGGUAUCAGAUGAGUCCCGAAGGAGGUGGGCUUCCUGGUGCUUGUUAAGAGGAAUGUGGUGGUGGUCUUGCGAGCCCCCGCGCCCCGCAGCCGCUCUGGGGUGGCCCAGGAAGUGGAGGCACUGCUGGCUCCUGCGGGGCCGUCUCUCCGUGCUGCCGCCACCCUCUCUCUCAGCCCACAGAGGGGCUGGGGGCCUGCUCCUCGCGCCCCCUCAGCAUUACGAUGGCUCUGAGAGGAGAGUGGGUUCCGUUGUCUAAAUUGGGUGCUGGCUUUCCCUUCCUAGCAGAAACUGCUAAGUAGUGCUGCUUUCCACCGGGAGGAGUCGUAGCUGUCGGCAGCUGGGUGCCCUGCAGCUCCUGGCUGGCGUCUCCCUGUCGCUUGGUUGAGCCUGCAGUAAGGCAGGCUGGCUUCUAGCUCCUUGCCACCCCCACCUCUUACCCCCGAGCCAGAGUGGUUCAUCACAGGCAGACACUCCACUUAAGGCUAAGCUGCAGGGGUUACAGCCGCGGUUAGCACACACAGGAGUGGGCGUUUGACCUAGCGGUGCGACCCCCCGGCCCCACAGCCGAGUGCUCGGUGCACUUCCCGCUCCGGCUCCGGCUCCGGCUCCUGACCCCGACUCCCUGCUGAUGUGCACCCCGAGAGGCAGUGAUGGUGGCGCAAGCGGUUGGGCCCCUGCCACCCACGUGGGAGACCCGGAUGGGGUUCCCAGCUCCCACGCCAGCCUUUGCGGGCCUCUGGGGAGUGACCAGCAGGUGCUGGUCUGUCUGCCUCUCAAAUAAGUAAUGACUUUUAAAAAAUAAUACAUAUUAAAAGGCGCAGACAGUGAAUAACCAAAUAAAUGAGCGUCUUUCCUUUCAGCCCCCCAUGGGCUAUUUUGAGCCUCUGUGGCUUCUAGAAUUCACUCUGACGCUCACCCUGCUCCUCCUCUGUCAGGGGUGCCGAGCAAGCCAGGGAGACGGGAACGCUCGGGAUCCCACCCUCUCCUCAAGGUUGCCUGGCUUUAACAUGCCUCUAAAGGGCUACCCAAAGGGAGCCGUUUUCAUUGUGGUUGUUGGAGGAAAUCAGCGCCCGAGGCCCUCGUGAUUCCGAAACCUGGGAAGUGUGCUUUCUGGAAGCUUCAGUGUGCUGCCCAGCCCUCGGCCAGAGCCUGGGGCUGAGAGAGGACAGAUGGCCUCUAGUGCCCGAACGCGGGUUAGGGCUGCCGCAGCCGGCCCUUCCCAGGCCACGGGCUCGCGUGCACGCGCGGAUGCACGUCCCCGUCGGGGCUGGGACCUGGCCUCCCUCCGGCACGCUGACGGUGCUGCUUCUGAACACUCGCCGUGGCCGUCAGCAGCCGCAACACGAGGGGGCUGUUCCCAAAGACGCCCGAUGAAGAGCUUCUGUGUGGCCCGGCAUCCCGCUCCAGCCCCUUUGAUUAGACAGCUCGCCUUCCCUUAGCCCGCAUUUCCUUCCACUCGUGGCCGUGCUCCAGGGGAGGCCACGCAGGAAAUGGUGUGGCCAGUGGGAGCCGUGCCCCACGGUCCCCCGGCAUGGGCUGAGGCAGUCCGCCUGUGAUAGCGCGUGUCCGAGGGGCAGGCUGGGGGUCCUGGACACGGGUGUUCAUUUCUAGGAGUAUUUUACAUAACGGAGAGCACCCUGCAGAAUGGCCCAGUGGGUGAGGGGAGAGGGGGUGACGGCCCGGGCCUCCCCGACCCGACCCGACCCGCGCACCGCCAGCCGGGGCUCCUGCGCCGCGCAGAACUGCGUGCGAGAAAGCGCGGCUUCUGCGAGCCGCUGGCUCAGGCCUGUGCGUUGCCGUAGGAAGGGCGAGUGCUUGGCAAGCACGCUGUGCGCGGGAAGGUCAGCCCUGGGGUGGGCCCACCGUCCCCCGGCCCGGGCCGGCCUCUGUGCUGGGCUUGGGUUAGAUGUUGGUUUAUGUCUGACGGUUUUUGAAAUGGAAAGGAGAUUUGUAAAAAGCCUUAUCAUCUAAUUUAAUUAGGUGGUGUGUCUUAGACUUUCAGUGUUUAAAUAAAAAGCACCUCGUAGUGCUUGGAGGAUCCCGCAGUCUGGGAUGGGCGGCCGCUUCUCCCAUCGUGUGUGUGUGUGUGUGUGUGUGUGUGUGUGUGCGCAGGGCUUGCCACUAGACUGUCAGCUCCCAGGGCCGGGGCCAUUUCACCCCUGUCACCCCUGCAGCACCCAGCGCCAUGCGUGAGUGAGUCCCCGCCUCCGGGAUGCAGAGAGCUUCGCUUCUCCGGUGGUCCCUCCCUACAAGGCCGCCCACGCCCCGGGGCCAGAGCUCAGGGACCGGGUGUCCUGGGUUGACCCAGCCCGCGUCCCCCUCCGUGGCACUCUGGCCCUCUGUUCCCACAGAUAACAGCAGCCUCGGGUUCUUACCUGAGCUGGAGCUGAGCUUCUGGAAGAGUGGGGCGUGGGGAGGGCUACCCAGGAAAUGAGGUGAGAGGGCGGGAUGGCCCCUUGUUUAGUCCAUGGCCCAAGAGGCUCCACGUCUGUUCUUUGCCUUUGAUCCAAGCAGUGGGAAGCAUCGGUCGCUGUUCCUCAUUCUGGACCCCUCCCCUCCCCUCGCUGCGUCACGCCUGUCCCCGGAGUCUGCCGAGUUCUGUGAACACGCAGUGCUGUACAUAACGGCGGUUUUGUAAAUGUGAAAUAAUACAUUGUGUUUUGUAUGCAGAGCCACUAGUAUUGUUAUUUUGGCCACUUUUUUUUAUUCAAAAUAAAUAAAUAACAGAAUUGUUUGUA